AUAAUUGGAGCUAUACUCAUCCAAUUGGAGUGGUUGAGACAUCCUUGGACAGCUCUUGAAGUAUACUUUCAUUAUAGCUUCACUUCUGGAGAAGAAGAUAGAGUUAUACAAACAAAAAGGGAGGUAGAGUGAACUGCCGCAUACAAGCUCGAGCAGUUGGAGUGUUGAGAUUGUUUACUCCAUAUCUUGAGCACCACUUAUCCAAAUUAGGCGUGUGAGGUGUCUAAAGAAAUCUAUCAAGAUGAGGAUUCUGUAAAGGUUCAGUUUUCAGAAAACGGAGUAGUUUAAGGUCUUCAAAUAAUCGAAGGCAGACGCUACCUCGCAGAACACAUUCUCUAGAGUGAGUUGAUCCAAAACCUAUCUUUUGAUUAUCUAAAUCAUAUGAACGAUUGAGGAAACUAUUCUACACUAUUACAAGUGUAGAAUAUGUUCUUGACACGGUUAUUUUAUGGAUUUAAAGGUUGGACACUAACCUAAUAUAAACCCUGAAAGGUUAGAGAGUGAAUUCACCGAAAACACCCUUUCUAGGGACUAUUUUCACACCUCUUGUUAGGGGACGAUUCCAUACUUGGAGGAGGUAUUCUAGCCACAAUUUUAAGCAAGGAAUCAGUUCUCAACAUUCCUUGGCCGAAGCUUGGACUUUUGGAUUGAGAAAGGAAAAUUAGCUCAUUUGAGGUUGACCGCAGUUGACUUAUCUAGAUUGUACGACGGUUGUUGACGUGUCCGAUGAGGUCCGGGGUGUAACAUUUGGAGCCAUGGUUGCUCACGGCCAGCAGCAGGCCGCAACACCUCGUGGGCAUGGAGGUGAAGAGGCCGCGAUUGCGGCGGCCGAGGCCAAGGGGGACGUGGUAAAGGGUACUUUCAGGCCCAUGGACAACAAUAGUAGUUUGCCCCAGCACAUGCAUCUGGGUUUGAACCAGACCACAAGGGGCGCGACAGCCCCUAGACCCCCCACUAAUGGCUUUCUAUCAACUGAGGUCUGAGGGUAUUCUUGGGUCCAUUCCACCUCUGGUUGUCUGUCAAUUAUAUUUUCUGUAGAUCACUCGGCUAUCCAUUGUCUGUCUAGGUCCACUUAGACCUUCGCAUCAGCUCUUCGGGCUCUAACUGGUGCCACUAAUGACGCUUUAUGGUAUCUUGAUUCCGGUGCAUCGGCUCACGUGACUUCUUCCGAAGAUGUCAUUGAGUAUCACAGUAUGGUAGAGGUGUUACAAUAUGUAACUUUGACACGACCUGAUAUCACUUAUGCACUACAUUUAGUGUCUCAGUCUAUGCAUGCUCCUCAUACUACUCACAUGCUUACCGUCAAGCGCAUUGUUGGAUAUUUACGGGGAAUGGUUGAUCAUGGAUUGUGGCCACAGUCCUCCACUCAUCCUACUUGUAUUUUGGCCUACUUACAUGCAGAUUGGGCUGAUUGUCCAGAUAUUUCUCAAUCUACGACUAGAUUCACGGGUUUCUUGAGUCUGAAUCUUGUCUCAUGGAAGACCAAGAAGCAACCCAUUAUCUCUAAAUCUUCUACAGAGGCCGAGUAUCGUGUUAUUGCUUGCAUUGUGCAGGAUACCAUACAUAUUCGUUCUGUUCUAUUCGAACUGGGGUUCCAGGUCAAGGUACAUGUGACAUUGUUCUGUGAUAAUAUCUUCGUUUCCUAUUUGACUGCCAAUCCUGUUCAGCAUGCUAGGAGCAAACAUAUGCAGAUUGAUUUUCAUUUUGUCUGAGAGCGUGUGGCGCACAAUGACAGUUGUGCGGUAUAUUCCUACUCAUCUUCAGUUGACUGAUAUCUUCACCAAAAGUCUUUCUAGUCAAUAGUUUCAUUUUUUAAAGUACAACUUGCGCGUUGCAUCUCCCUCACAAAUUGAGGGGGUGUAAUAAUAUACCUACUUUAGGAAUAUUUGUGCAUUUUGGCAAUUACUUUUUUAAUAUAAAUAUAUCUGUCAUCACUCCUAAAA